AUGGUCGUCAAGACUAUCGAGUCCUACGAAGAAUUCCAGACGCUCAUCAACGGCGACAAGCCGGUCGUCAUUGACUUCUGGGCUACCUGGUGCGGUCCCUGCAAGGUCAUCGGUCCCAUUUUCGAAAAGAUCUCCGACACCCCUGCUGGUGAAAAGCUUGGCUUCUACAAGGUUGACGUCGACGCUCAGGACAAGAUCGCCGCCGAGGUCGGUAUCAAGGCCAUGCCGACUUUUGUCUUCUUCAAGGGCGGUCAAGUCGUUAAGCAGGUUGUCGGCGCUAAUCCCCAGGCUCUCCAGCAAGCUAUUUCUGAACUCUGA